AGGGAGAAAAAGCAUUUAGUUUCUUCCCUCAGAGCAGGGAUAUUCUCCUAGCUGUGUGCACAGCAUGCUUACAGUCUGGAGAUGCAGGGGGAGAGAGGGUUCUGCUCAAUCACAUGAUCUUGCCUGUCUGGCAGGUGUCUGCAGUGUGAGUAGAGGAACCAACUGUUCACUAUUUUGGGUGAAUGAGGUUGGCUGUUACUGCAAGUGGCCCCACAAAGAAGUCCACGCAUCUGUUGAUAAGCAGUGCUCUGCAUACUGGUGCCCAAAUGCUUAUAGCUGCUUGCUGAAACAGUGAAGUUUCUGUUUGAGCUUUGAGAUCAUAGGAAGAAAAAUUUUGCCAAGAGCCUUGUUGGUUUUAAUCUUUCGAUGUUGGCUGUCAGGAUUUGUCUGUGCCUACAGAACCUCUCUGUUCUGAUGCAAGCACAGCCUUGGAAUCUAGCAGUAAAUUAAUUUUUUUUCUGCUCUACCGCUUGGUGCAGUGACCAAAACCUGGUAGAGAGGGAUUGCAGUUGGGUCUCUUGUGAGGAUUAAGCACCCCUUCCACUUGCCUGGACGCCUCCUGUGUUACAGAAUCCGCCUUCAGGUCCAGGGAUUUCCUCUAAUAUGUUGGAUAAAGCCAAGACACUGCAGCCUGCCUAUGUCGGGAUUGUGCCGCUCGCAGAGACUGUGUCAAAGCAAGGGAAGAGCUGUUCAAGCACAUAUCAAGAUUCGUACCACAGCUUACGAGAAGUGCUGCAGUUGAAGCUCCAGCAACGACGCACGCGGGAAGAGUUGGUGAGCCAAGGGAUCAUGCCGCCUCUGAAAAGUCCAGCUGCAUUUCAUGAACAAAGAAAGAGUUUGGAGCGUGCCAGGACAGAGGACUAUCUGAAACGCAAAAUCCGGUCCCGGCCCGAGAGAUCAGAGCUGGUUAGGAUGCACAUUCUGGAAGAGACCUCAGCUGAACCCUCCUUGCAGGCUAAGCAGCUGAAGCUGAAAAGAGCCAGACUGGCAGAUGACCUCAAUGAGAAGAUAGCGCAGAGGCCAGGGCCUAUGGAGCUGGUGGAGAAGAAUAUCUUGCCUGUAGAAUCGAGCUUGAAGGAAGCUAUUAUUGUUGGACAGGUGAACUACCCAAAGGUUGCAGACAAUUCCUCCUUUGAUGAGGACAGCAGUGAUGCCCUCUCCCCAGAACAGCCAGCCAGCCAUGAGUCCCAAGGGUCUGUCCCAUCACCGAUGGACUCCCGGAUUUGUGAGCCUCUCCCUAGCACCACUGGUACAUCACUAGCUCAGGGUUCAUCCCAGUUGCAGAUUAGCGCAGACUCCAGUGAAACUGUUUUCCUACCUGAGCAGCCACCUCCACCACUGCCACCUCCACCUCUUCUGCCCCCUAGUCUUACCAAUGGAGUGGCUCUUACUGCUGCCAAGCCCCCACCAACACUCAUUAAGCAAAGCCAGCCCAAGUCUGCUAGUGAGAAGUCUCAGCGCAGUAAAAAAGCCAAGGAGUUGAAGCCGAAAGUCAAGAAGCUUAAGUAUCAUCAGUAUAUUCCCCCGGACCAAAAGCAGGACAAGGGAGCUCCUCCCAUGGAUUCAUCCUAUGCCAAAAUACUGCAGCAACAGCAGCUCUUUCUCCAGCUUCAGAUCCUCAACCAGCAGCAGCAGCACUACAACUAUCAGACCAUCCUGCCAGCCCCACCUAAGCCUUCAGGAGAGCAGCAGAGUGGUGCCAGUGCUCCUGCCGUACGCAGUCUCUCUGCUACAGUCAGCAGCACAUCUUCAGUAUCUUCUGGUUCUAGUGGGCUGAUGAGACAAAACAGUAAUGCUGUGGUGGGCAAGCCUGGCCCUCUCCCUGCCAACCUGGAUGAGAUGAAGGUAGCAGAGCUGAAGCAAGAACUGAAGUUGAGGGCCUUGCCUGUCUCGGGCACAAAGACGGACCUGAUUGAGCGUCUCCGAGCUUACCAAGAGCAGAAUGGUGCAGCCGGCCAAACAACCCCCACUCCCAAGCCCAGCGCAGCAGCCGUCCUCCCUAAAGCUGCUGAAGUGGUGGUGGCCUUCCCAACUGCCAGGCUGAGCACAGGGCCAGCCCUGGUCACCACUGGCAUUGCACCAGCAGAAGUAGUUGUGGCCACAGUUACUGGUGGUGGUGUGAUGAAGUUUGGGAGCACAGGCUCAACUCCUCCUGUUUCUCCAACUCCUUCCGAGCGCUCGCAAGUGAGUACAGGGGAUGAAAACUCGGGCACUGGAGAUACCUUUGGAGAGAUGGUGACUUCACCUCUGACCCAGCUCACCUUGCAGACAUCUCCAGUGCAGUUCUUGGUGAAGGAAGAAAGCUCCAAGUCCGCCUCCUGCAGCAUAAAUGUGGCACCCAAGUCAGAGUGGUGUGGUGCUGGUAACAGCAGAGAUGCAGGAGUUAGGGACAAAGACCAGAUGCUGCAGGAGAAGGACAAGCAGAUUGAGGAACUCACCCGCAUGCUGAAACAGAAGCAGCAGCUGGUGGAGAUGCUUAGGCUACAGCUGGAGCAGGAGAAGCGCUCUCAGCAGUCACAGCCAGCCCCAACAGCCACGAGAGAAGGCACAGCCCUCGCCUCCAAACCAGGAGCGUUUGGUGCCCAGGUCAAGAGUGAAAAUGGUUUCCUGAGUUGCCAGUGUGCGAAGCAAUCCAGUGGCCAAACAGACCAAUUCAGCCCUGCACCAACCGCUAGCCAAAUGGACACUUCAAAUCCAAGCCCAGUGCCAAAGAAAGCUGUGAUGGUGAAACAGGAGGAGGCAGAGCCGCUGUGCCAGGCCCACAGCCCGCGGCUUUUCCUUGGCCAGCAAGGGAGCACCCUCAUCAAGGGCACCCCUCCCCCCACCCUCAUCACUGACUCCACAGGGACCCACAUUGUCCUCACCGUGACCAAGCAGAGCACCGAGAGGCAGGGCCUCUCUCCCCAUGGGAUGGCAGGGAGCAGCUGCCCACCCUUGCAGAGCGUACAAUCAUCACCCGCUAAAACUUCCAGCCAACUGCCGUGUCAGGUACCUGCAAACACCCCUCAGCAGCCCAUGCAGCAGCAGCAGCAGCAGCAGCAGCAGCAGCCCAGAGGACCAAACCAAUCUAAGUCCUCAUCACAGCCUGGCUCUCCUGCUGCCCCUUCCCCUUCCCAGAUGGACCUGGAGCAGCAACAGCACACGCCGCUUUUUGGAACUCCUCCACCUCCUCUUCCAGUUCCCUCAGUCCCAAUGAAAGAGCCACCACCUGGCUAUGAAGAGGCAGUGAAGCAACAGCCAAAGGCCCAGGAGAAUGGCUGUUCCAGCCAGCAGAUGGAUGACCUGUUUGAUAUCCUCAUUGAAAGUGGAGAGAUUUCUGCUGACUUCAAGGAUCAGUCAUCUCCAGCUGGGAAAGAACCACCUGUGGCCCCAGCCUGUUCCUCACCGCCCAGCAGCCACCACUCCUCUGAGCUGGCGGUGCCGGUGUCCCUGGGGCAGCCGGUGCUCGCAGGGCGGCUGGAGGACUUCCUGGAGAGCAGCACUGGCCUCCCGCUGCUGACGGCAGGCCACGAUGGGCCAGAGCCCCUGUCCCUCAUUGAUGACCUCCACAGUGAGAUGCUGAGCAGCUCGGCCAUCCUGGACCACCCGCCUUCACCUAUGGACACCUCGGAAUUGCACUUUGCUCACGAGCCGUCUGGGGGCAUAGCCCUGGAUCUGGCUGAGGCUAACUUGGACAGCAUGGACUGGCUGGAGCUGCCAGGGGGUUCUGUCAUGAGCCUGGCUCCCCUGAACACCACGGCUCCCAGCCUCUUUUCCACAGACUUUCUUGAUGGACAUGAUCUGCAGCUGCACUGGGAUUCUUGCUUGUAAUUCUGUGAGCAGAGACUGAAGGGAAUGGGUGUGGGAGGGCAAAGGCAUGCAGAGGGAAGAGGCCAGUCAACCAAAAAAAAGAAAAAAAGAGCUCCUAGUAUUUGUACUCCUCCCCUAACAGUAUCCUUCCUGCGUGAAGCUGGCAGUGAGCCAGGCCAGGGCAGGGAGAAUGGCUGCUGGGGGGGACAAGAGGCAGGAGGACAGGAGGAGUUGUGGUGCUGGUGCCUCCUGCCCACUCCACACAGCCUGGCCCAGCCAGGGUGAGAACAGAGCCAACAGCCCCUGUUCCUCCAGGCAGGAGCAAUGGCAGCACGUUGUUCCCUCACGUGGGACAGAGCACAACUGGGCCUGAGCUGUUUCCAGAGGCAGCACUCUGUGCUGUCCUGGGACUGGUGGAUAAAGGGGGUUGUGCUGCCCCAGCACAGUCGGUCUUAACGGUUGUGGAAGGGGAUUCUACCUCUGGAGCAGGACACAAAGGCAGGAGGGCUGCCUGGGGCCCAGAGCAGCUGCCCUCUGCACCACCUGCCAUCUGUCAGGGGAGGGUCUGAUCUGCCACAGGGCUGGGAAGAGCUGGGCAGAACAGGCACCUUCUCUAAAUGUAGCCAAAGGGAACCAGGACUCCCCAUUAACCUGGUAACGUCUAAGCUGGUUUCCCAAAUAUUGCUGAGCUUGGCAGAGGCCUGCUGGCCUGCCUGCUAACUUCACUUGCUUUGGGCUGCAAAAGUUUUUUAAGGUGCUAAAAUCAGGUCCUUAUAUGUUAAAAAUGCUGUCAGGCACAGCCCAUUGCCCCCAGCUCCCAUGGCACUCGUGACAUCCCCAGGUGAGCAGGGCAGUCAGCCUGGGCAGGGACACAAAGGCGCCUGCGUGUCCUGUGGAGCAGGUGAGGGGCACAGCUGGCAAUCAGUAACAUAUCAUUAGGGGCCAUGUGCAAUCUGUCUCCUGCCCUCGCUGUGUUGGAUGCUUCACUGUAGCACGUGCCCCAGUGGAAAGCAGCAGCUGGGGAUGGAUGUUGGACCCCAUAGGCAAGGAAGGGGAAGUGGGAUUGCAUGAGUGGUGUUGUGUGGCACAGGUCUUGGCUCAGUGACUGUGAGGGCCCCUUUCUGGGGAGGAGCCUGAAAACAAGUAUUGGGCAGCUGACCUCUGCUCUUCCCUCCCUCCAGUCCCACAAGGUAAAAGUAAAUGGCUGCUUACUUUGAGCUGGUGCCCUGUGUCCCUGUAGGGGCCCAGACUGGUGCCUUGAGGGAACUGCAGACCAAGGAGUGGGUUGACAAGCCCCCAGGACCUCAGAGCCAUGAUGAUGCUAUUCCUUGAGCUGGGCUCUGUGGUAGAACACCAGGCCUGUGGCUCGCUCUUGUGCUGUUACUCCUGUUACUUUAGAAUUUCACAGCCACACUGAGCAGGAGUGACAUGGCUUACAGGGAUGUGGCCACCUUGCCACAAGGCUGUCCCUGCUUUGGCCCUGAGCCGGGUCCAGGCCGCUCACGCUGAGUGAGGUGGGGGAAACUGUGGCUUCUGAAGUCAUGCAGACUGAGGUACUGACCUGCUUAGGCAAUGAAAGGAUCAACUGCCAUCCUUCUCAGUUUAUCUCCCUGAGGAUGCUGUUCCCACCUUUCCCCUACGCUGUGCUGCAGAGCUUCCUGCUGGGGAGGGGUAGCUGUGAGCCACGUGCUGCUUCCCUGCAACUUUGGUACCUGGUCCUCUUCCCAGGGAGAGGCUGUGCCACAGGGGUGCUGGUACCUCUGCUCCAUGGUGAGGCAGGUGAAUGCCAGCCCUGCACAAUGUGCUCUCCCUCAGCCACUGAACUGGCAGCAGGGUAGGGUCAUGCCUGUUUGCAGCUGAGAGGUAACUCCUGCUUUCCUGAGCCCUUUGCUUGUUAACUGCAUGGGGAGCCACUUUCUUAAUCAUUUGCAAGGGAAGCCUGCUGGCAGCUUCCUUUCUUUUCCCCUCCUCUCUCCUCUGGCCCUGAGCUGUAAGCAAGUUGGAGCCUCUUAUCUGCCUCCCUCAGUGUCUGGGCGGGAGGAUACCACCCCCCUUCCCCACAGACUUUCUAUUCCUCAAGCUACAGUGUCACAUCCUAAAAAUCAGAGUAAAAGGGUCUACUGGGCACUCCCUUUUAUCCUCCUGAGCCUUCCCUGAAUUCUCUCCUGGUGCAGCCCAGGGGCUCACUGGGAGCAGUGAGUACUUAGCAAUCACCUUACAGAGCUUUCACCAGCUCUGCCAGGGCAGCUGCCCAGCUGUGGGGGCAAGAGGCAAGGAGUUUCUAAGGAGGAAAGUGUGGGAGGACCUCUGAGAUGCUAGGGGGAAAAAGUGAGGCUGCCUGUUUGUCAAACUCAAGCAAAAUCAGGUUCUUCUAGCCCAUAGUUGCAGUAGCCUCCACAAAAACCAGCUGUGUGAUUUCUUUGGUACAAAUAAUUACAAUUCUGCAACUAUUAAAUAAAGGAGGAAAUUAUCAAUAAAGUGCAAUGAGCUCCUAGAGGAAGGUGGGAGCGCUCCAGCUGCAGUCCUGGCCUGACCCAGCCCUGCUUCCUUGCCUGGGCCAGGUACUCCAGUGAUUGGCAGAGAGAUGCCAAUGCCUAAUAGCAGUGUAGCCCUUCCCAGAGAUUGCUGGUGGAAGGCUGAUUCCACAGCUGCUCCCUUUUACCUUCACCCAUCCACCAUCAGGUGUGAAACUGUAGGAAUUUAGUGACCCUGACUUUGCCCAACAUACUUGCAUUGCCUGAAGAGCCUCAAGGAGCCCAGAUGAUAGAGAACCAUGAGCCUCAUGUCCUGAGGAGCCUGGCUGACCUGUGGGAGCCCCUGUGCACAAGGGGGCUUCUGCCAGGAGAGUGAGCACUAAUCCUGUGUGUGUAGGCAGAAGGCAAGGUGGUGCCUCAGCCCCAGAAAUGUUAGAAAGUCUUCUCCCCAAACAGUGCCCAGAGCAGGCUUGCCCAGUUCUCUGCUUUCUUACUAUUAUUUCUUUGAAUAAUAGUUCAAUAGUUCUUUGUUGGAAGAGGUAUUCCCCUGGACAUACAUUUUUGCACCCAUUGGGAAAAACAAAGUCUGAUGUUCUGCCUCUACCUUGAAUGUAAUCCUGAAUCUUUCUGCUGUAACCACUACUUGUUUGUAAUGUGUAUUUGACUAGCACGCACUCUCCCUUCCACUAUGCAGCCAAUGGCGAGGAGUGAUCAGCACCAUCAGAGUUGGAUGGUGUUGGGGGGCAUCAGAUCCAGAGCGAGUAUUCAACUGGAAAAGGAUAAAAGUGACAAGUUAAUGGGGGAGAGAAUGGAUCUUUAAAUUGAAUUAUUUUUUCAGUUACAAAUAUUUGAAGAAAAAAAGUCCAUUUUAUUAAAAAAAUUCCAAACA